AUGAGCGAGUCGCCGGGAGUGGAGUGGCUGCCCGCGUACAGUCCUGGAACUCCUCGCCACAGCCCCCUCGGACCGAUACCGCGCUUCCUUUACGAGGAUGUGCAGCCACUCGCUUUGCAACAGGAAAACAACAACAAGGACGAACAGAAGGAGAACACUAACAAAAUUAAACAUGCGAAACCAGCCUACAGCUAUGCAAGCAUGAUAAGGCUUGCAAUCAGCAGCUCUCCGAAUGGCAAGAUGACUCUGAAUGAGAUAUACACUUAUAUAUGUAAUGCAUUCCCAUAUUAUAAAGAGGCUGGGAAGGGUUGGAUGAACUCUAUAAGACACAACCUGUCAUUAAACAAAUGUUUUAUGAAAGUUGCUCGGAGUAAAGAUGAUCCAGGGAAGGGUUCAUAUUGGGCGAUGGAUACUAGUUACAAAAUGGCAGAGGUCACUCCUAGAAGACGUAGGAGUUUAAGGAUGGCACCGUACAGUCCAGAGUGCAGCUCGAACAGCAGCGGAGAAGCCGGGCCCCCCGCUGCCACGCCCACGCCUCCGCCGACUCCCACCACCCCCACCACUCCCACUUCGCCACACGUCCUGCCAGUCAAGGAGGAACCCGUCACCAAUGAGCAGUCUGAUUCUAAACACACGGACGAUGCGUUAUCGGCUCUGAUGAAUGAGGAACUAAUGACCGACGUUGACAUUACCAGAGAACGUUGGCUGUGCGAGCCCGGCCGGCGGCACGUGUGCGUGGUCGCCCGCCACAGCUCGCUCACGGACGACUACGGAAACUUCGGACACAACCCGCCGCGGCCCGACGACUGCGACUGUCCGUCCGACCCGCAGUACUACGAGCCCGAUGCGUUAUAACGCUGCACCUGUCCCCCCGUCCCCCCGCAGUACUACGAGCCCGAUGCGUUAUAACGCUGCACCUGUCCCCCCGUCCCCCCGCAGUACUACGAGCCCGAUGCGUUAUAACGCUGCACCUGUCCCCCCGUCCCCCCGCAGUACUGAGUGCGCUCGCCCUUCAUAAGCCGCUAGUGCAUUGGAUUAAAUGCUUCUACCCACAUUCGAAGGAUAGUCCAGUAUAGUACAGACGUUGUGGGUACAGAUUGACGUGCCCGCGCGCAGCCGCCGCCACGUCCGCACUCAGUAUCCCGUGUCGUAUC